AUGAUGUUCAGCAGCCUCCCGACGGCGCAGGAGCGCACAGGCCAGGACAUGCAGUCGCCAGUGAGCUCGCCCGAGCUCAUCGAUCCCCGCUACAAUCACAUGCGCAUACCAGCCUCCUCGAGUCGCAUACUGUACGAUGUGCCGUGCAAGGUAUGCCGCGACCACAGCUCCGGCAAGCACUACGGCAUCUACGCCUGCGACGGGUGUGCCGGGUUCUUCAAGCGCUCGAUCCGCCGCAGCCGCCAGUACGUGUGCAAGUCCAAGUCGGAGGUGCCGUGCGUGGUGGACAAAACGCACCGCAACCAGUGCCGGGCCUGCCGGCUGAAGAAGUGCUUCGAGGUGGGCAUGAACAAGGACGCGGUCCAGCACGAACGCGGCCCGCGCAGCUCGACCCUGCGCAAGCAGAUGGCGCUGUUCAUCUCGAAGGAUUCGCCGCUCCGCCACGACAUGAUGCUAACGCCCGGCAUCCCGAUCCCGCACCCCGGCCACCACCAUCCGGCAAUGGGGCUGGAUCUGUCGCUCGGGCGCAACCCGUUCCUGACGCCGCCACCGUCGGCACCGUCCGCCGGUCCGUAUCUGCCACCGCCGGCCCUGUUCGCCGGGGCAGGAGGCAUGCCGCCGUCCCAUCCGCUCGUCGCGGUCGACGCGAUCCGGGAGUCGGCCGCCCAGCUGCUCUUCAUGAACGUCAACUUCCUCAAGAGCCUGACCCCGUUCACGCAGCUCCCGAUGGCGGACCAGCUCGUGCUGUUUGAGGAGUCGUGGCGCGAGUUCUUCAUCCUGGCCGUGGCCCAAUACCUCGCGCCAAUCAACUUCAGCCAGCUGCUGAUCGCGUACGAGUAUCUGAACAACAACCGGGGCGAAACCGGCACCGUGAGCGACUUUCUCGUGAAGGAGGUCGAGAUCUUCCAGGAGAUUCUCGCCCAGCUGGCGGCGCUGCGCGUCGACCCGAACGAGUACGUCUAUCUGCGCGCGAUCGUCCUGUACAAGAGCGAGUUCGACGCGGAAACGAGCAUCUCGAGCGUGAGCAGCGACGGUUCGGACGUAACGACCGCGUCGUCUGUCGGCUCGGCCAAAUCGAUCGGCGAGAUUGCGACGGUCCGGGCGCUGGAGGAAAGCGCGAAGGAAGCGCUCGCGUCCUACAUCAGUACCUGCCGGCCAGGGCCGUCCAACCGGUACCGGACGCUGCUCCAGCUGCUGCCCGCCCUGCGCAACGUGUCGAGCUACACGAUCGAGGAGCUGUUCUUCCGGCGCAACAUCGGACCGGCCCCGCUGCUGAAGCUGCUGCUCGACUUCUACCGACAGAAGUAG